AUGGCAGUGCUGGAGGAAGAAUUCACGUUGCCUUCAGUAGUCCUGAGCACGGGACCUGAAGGACUCCUAGGCAUGAAGCAGAGUGACAAAACAGACCAGUUUCUAGUGACAGACAGUGGCAGAACCGUGAUCCUCUAUAAGGUUCCUGAUCAGAAACCCUUGGGGAGCUGGUCAGUGAAACAGGGUCAAAUUGUAACAUGUCCAGCUGUGUGCAACUUUCAAGCUGGAGAGUAUAUUGUUGUACACAAUAAUAAGAUUUUAAGAAUCUGGAAUAAUGAAGAUGUAAACCUGGAUAAAGUAUUUAAAGCUACAUUGUCAGUUGAAGUAUAUAGGAUACUUUCAGUGCAAGGGUCAGAACCCUUGGUGCUCUUCAAGGAAGGUGUUCGUGGUUUAGAGGCCUUGCUUGCAGACCCCCAGCAGAAAAUUGAAGCUGUUAUCUCUGAUGAAGUGAUUAAAUGGACAAAGUUUUUCAUAGUAUUCAGACAUCCUGUUUUAAUUUUUAUUACUGAAAAACAUGGAAAUCACUUUGCUUAUGUGCAAAUGUUUAACUCACGUAUCUUAACCAAAUAUACACUCUUAGUUGGACAAGACAAAAACUCUUUUAUAGAGAGUUUUACUGCAUUGGUAGAUCAGAAAUUCAUCUCUUUGACGUCAUUAAGCUCUGAUGGUUGUAUAUAUGAAACCUUGAUGCCAAUACGUCCAACUGACCCAGAAAAAAAUCAGAGCUUAGUUAGAUCACUGUUGCUCAAGGCUGUUGUGUCUGGUAACACUUGAAAUGGAGUUGCACUCACUGCGCUGGAUCAGGAUCACGUCACAGUCCUAGGAAGUCCACUAGCAGCUUCUAAGGAAUGCCUCUCUGUAUGGAACAUAAAAUUUCAAACACUACAGACUUCAAAAGAGUUACCACAAGGGACCAGUGGUCAACUCUGGUAUUAUGGGGAAAAUUUGUUUAUGCUACGUGGAAAAUCUGUGAUUCCAUACAACUGUGAAGUGUCAUCAUUAGCAGGUGCUCAUGGAAAACUCAAGCAUAGUCAAGAUCCAGGAACUCAUGUCGUGCCCCAUUUUGUAAACUGGGAAACACCUCAGGGAUGUGGACUUGGGUCCCAGAACUCAGAGCAGUCAAGAAGAAUUUUAAGGAGACGAAAAAUUGAAGUGAGUUUACAGCCAGAGGUAUCACCAUCCAAACAACUUUUGGCAACCAUAAUGAAAGAUUCAGAGAAACACACUGAAGUAGAAGUAUGGAAAUUUUUGGCUCUGAAGCAGACCCCUGACUUUCAUACUGUCACUGGGGACACAGUAACAGGACUUCUGGAAAGGUGUAAAGCAGAACCAUCAUUUUAUCCCCGGAACUGUCUGAUGCACCUUAUCCAAAUGCAUGUGCUUUCUUACAGUUUGUGCCCUGACUUAAUGGAGAUUGCCUUAAAAAAGAAAGAUGUACAGUUGUUACAACUCUUUCUACAGCAGUUCCCUGACAUUCCUGAAUCGGUCACCUGUGCUUGCUUAAAAAUUUUCUUGAGAAUUGGUGAUGACAGUAUUCAAGAAACAGAUGUCAGUAUGGAGUCAGUUUUUGACUAUAGUAAUUCUGUACAUGAUGAGAAAAUGGAAGAGCAAACUGGAAUUCUUCAAAAUGGCUUCAAUCCUGAAGAAGAUAAAUACAAUAACUGUGAUCAAGAGUUAAAUAAAAAGCCCCAGGACAAAACAAAGGAGACCAUUUCAUGCUCUGUGAUACCAAAAAGAGCAGCUCUACUUAAUCCAAUUCUUCAUUCAGCAUAUAGCGAAACAUUUCUUCUGCCUCAUUUGAAAAACAUCCCAGCACAGCAUAUCAUACUGUUUCUCAAGUAUUUGUGUUUCCUUUAUCUGAAGUGUAGCGAAAAUGCUACUAUGACUCUUCCUGGAAUACACCCACCUACCUUGAACCAGAUUAUGGAUUGGAUAUGUCUACUUCUGGAUGCAAAUUUUACUGUUGUAGUAAUGAUGCCAGAAGCAAAGAGGCCACUGAUAAAUCUUUACAAGCUUGUAAAAUCUCAGAUAUCUGUUUAUUCCGAGCUCAACAAGAUUGAAGUAAGUUUUUGGGAGCUACAGAAAUUAAAUCAAGAAAAGAAUAAUAGAGGAUUAUAUUCAAUUGAAGUGCUGGAGCUCUUCUGAUAUUACCAAUUCUCCUUCAUAGUCAUUUUAUAAAGCUCUUUUAUGUAACUCUUGCUU